AAUCGUACCAAAUGCUGGGCUGGACUGCUCCAGUUCUUUUCCCAAACUAGAGAGAGAGACUCGAGUCAAUCCAAUCCCUUGCAAAAAUUCGACGCACCAAAUCACCAAAAAGAAAAAAAAAUCAAAAAAAAAGUCUAGGGUUUAGAUUUUCCCCCACCCUGCCGUAGCCUUACGCAGAUCACAGGCAAUCCAAAUUGACACCUCGUUCUCUGCGAAAUUCGUCGCGUAUUAGUUGAGAAAGAUUCGAUUUUUCGUUUGUUGUUCGGAAAAUUUGAGGUCAGAGUUAGGGUUUUUGAGAUGGCGGGUUCGGGGCAGGAAGAUGUGGAAUACGAGAGUGAUCCGGAGGAGGCGAAGCGGUCGUUAACGAUGCGGAGGAGAGAGGCGAGCGAUGACGAGGAGGAGAGAGAAGAAGGAGAAGGGGAUGAGAGAGAGGGGAAGGUUGAAUCGAGGGCUGUGAUCGAGUCGGACGUCGAAUCGGACGGUCAGGGCGCGCCGGCCGAGUACGAUGACGAAGAAGAAGAAGAAGAAGAAGAAGAGUUGGAGGUAGAGGGAGAAGAGUUGGAGGGUUAUGAAGAAGAGGAGGAGGUAGUAGCGGUGGUUGAAGAUUACGAAGUGAGACGAGGCGAAAAUAGAGGUGAAGUGGGGAAGGAAUUGGAGGAGGAGAGAGGGGGGGAGAUUGAGGGAGUGAAUCAGGUUGGGGAGGAAGAGGAGGAGGAGGGAGAGAAGAAAGAGAACGAGCCGUUUGCGGUGCCGACAGCGGGUGCUUUCUACAUGCACGACGACAGGUUCCGAGGCAAUGUCGGUGGGCGAAACAGGCGGACAUUUGUUGGAAAGAAGUUAUGGGAGUCAAAGGACGAGAGAAAAUGGGGGCAUGACAAGUUUGAGGAGAUAACUGUCCAGGAACGGCACUAUGAAGAGGGUACAAGGAACUCUAGAGGUCGUUAUCGAGCACGUGAGAAAAAUCGAGGUGCAGAUCGUGGAUAUCCUGGUGGAGGAAACAAGUCGAAAACAUACAACAAUAACAACCAGAACCAGGGACCAAAGAGUGUGAGAGGCAGAGGCCCUAGAAGGUAUGAGCCUUCUAGAAAGAACUACGGUGGAGUACCUCCAAUGCAACAUAAACCUAGAUCUGGGAGGCCAAUUGAGAAAACAUUGCACAAUUCUUCUGGGAGAGCAUCUAUGGCCUCAUCAAAUUCGGAAUCUGACCCAGCUCCUUCUAGGAAGCAACUGUUUGCUUCAAGCUUGAAUUCUGCUUCCCCUCCAUUUUAUCCUUCUAGCUCUUCCAACAAAGAACCCAGCUUGACUCAGAAAAGGGAUGAAAAAGCUACGAGUCGGAACCUUCCAAAUACCAAUACAAUGGUGCGAGGAAAGAGUGUAGUUGGUUCCAUUGGUAUGGAAAAGCUUAGUAUUAAUGACUCUGCUUCUGCGAUUGGUGGAAAGCCUUCAACGAGCUCACAGUUGCCGUUUUCUGGAGCUUCUUUAGUGAAUACUACUCAACCUCUUCAGUCAAGGGCUCAGGGGAGAGGGGUAGCACCUCAUAUUCAAGUCAAUAGAGCUUCUCCGCCAACCCAACUCCACAAUGUGCAGCGAAAUCCAGUUCAAACACGAGUUCAACCUUCUUUGCAAGCUUCUGUUCAGCAGUUAGGACAGUCUCCUGUUAGUGGAUCUCAGACUUCUUCUCCGCCAAAAGCGGCUUUGUCAAUAAAGUCUUUCCAAUCUGCAGAAAUGGGAUCUCCUUCAGAAUCAGGUAAAUCCAAGACUACAUUGGUUGGAAAAGGAAGAGGAAGCAUUCAAGGCAGCGGAAGGGGUUCUUUUCCAUAUGGUGCUCAGGUCAUGGGAGCCUCUGGUAAUAUGGGCGGUGGUCAUGGUGAUCCGAACUUCACGUUCUUACCAGUAAUGCAGUUUGGUGGCCAGCAUCCUGGUGGUAUGGGACUUCCGGCUGUUGGCAUGGCCUUCCCUGGUUAUGUUGGUCAACCUCAACUUGGAAUGGGAAACUCUGAGAUGACUUGGCUACCAGUUUUGGCUGGUGCUGCGGGUGCUUUGGGGGCAGCAUACGGUUCACCUUAUCUUGCUGUUGAUGGUGCUUAUCACUCCCGCCCGUCGGGACAGACAUCUUCUUCGGGAGCUUCCAGCAUAGAAACCAAUGCAAAUAAGCCCAACAAUGAGUGGAAGGCUUCACAGAGAUCUGAAGCAGCGAGUGAUGAGUUUGGUCAACGGCAAAAAAAUACCCGAAGGCAAGUUGAAUGCCACAAUCUAUCCUCAGUGCAGAAAAUAUCAUUUCCUGCUGUCAUCUCUGUUUAGAUUCCAUUCCUACCUUAUGCUGUAAUUGUCUCUUGGCCUUUUAUUUUAAACGUUUGUUUGUUUGUUUUUUUUUUGUUUCUGUGCAGAUAUACGGAGAUGAAUUUUGGCCAGUGAAGUACAUUUAUCAAACAUAUUUGGAUAAGCUGAUACAGGCCUCCUUACAGGCCCGUUGUGAUAUCCAGCAUUGUUCUGGAGCACUCUGGGCCGCAGUAUAAUCCAUGAUAAUUAAGGUAUGUAUGACAAAUGCCUGGCUCAUGCUGUGGUCAUUUAAAGGAACUCACCGCAGCCUGUGACGGGCAGCAGUUCUUUGUGCAAAUGUGCGGUUUUCCCAGUGGCUUUGUUUUCCUUGUGAGAGUUGUUGGAAGGCUUCUUCCAGGAUUAGACAUUAACAUAUAAUUUGAAGACAAGAGUAUUGUGCAGCUGCUAUUUGUUUAUUUAUUAGUGAAGUUCUAACUUCUGUGGUUAGGGUUGGAAUCUCAUUGGUUUUUAUUUUAUGUAUGGUGUCAUUGGUGUCCUAAAAGUUUCUUGGUCAAUGUCUUGGUUUGAGGGUAACAAAGUAUAGGGAUUCUUAUUAAAAUUUGACAGUUUUAAGGUUUUAGAAAGACUUUGUGCUGAUGGUUGUUCCUUGGGUUUUGUAAACUGUCCUGGUGAUUUUUUUAACUGGUGCUUUCUAGGUAUUGGAAUGCUGGAUUGCAAGUUCUUGAAA